AUGAAAAGUAUUGAAAUCUAUGGGUUCAUUGGAUGGAUAGCCUCCUAUAUAGUGUUUGUGAUUUAUUUGGCAUGGGUUUUCUUGCCAGAAUCAGCAUUGCAUUCAUUAGGGAUUCAUUACUUCCCCUAGAAAUAUUGGGCUCUGGCAAUUCCCAGUUUCUUCGUGGCUACCAUUUUUACUGUGAUAACUGGUUACGCAGCUCUGAAUUAUUGUUUCUGCAAUCAUUUCAACUCCUACGAAAAUAUUGAAGACAAAUACACCAGACUGCACAACCUCAAGAAAACAGAGCUGCAUGAAGGGUUGCCUGAAGUGUAUGACAUUCCAAUAAACGUUGUGAAUAAUGUGUUGUAUUGGCAGAAGGAAAUGAUAGAAAAGUAUUUGCCUAAACAUUAGGAUUGAAUUCCAUACUAAAACUAUUUGAAUUUGAGUAUUUACAUACAAUAAUUAAUUAA